AUGAACCAAGACACAAAUGAACCUCUUCAAUCACUCCCUUUUAAUUCUACCUUAAAAGUUGCAGAGACAAUAAAUAUGGAGGAAAACAUGGAGGAAGAGGAGCUUCCAGAUAAUUGGGGAGGAAUGCUCCAUUUGCCAAAGUCCACAUUUUGCAUUGUCUCAAAUAACAUAUCAAUGAUUUUAAUACGAAAAUCAUAUUUGCAAAUGAUUGAACAACUUGAAAAGGAUGCCAAAAAUGGUUGUGCAAUAGUAGGCACACCUGGCAUAGGCAAGACUUUCUUUGGUCUAUAUUUUCUUUUCUAUAUUACUCACCGUUACCCUGAUUCUAAAAUUAUUUGGGAAACUAUUAACAGCAUGUGGUAUGUGUUUUUUCCAGAUUUACAUGUGGAAAGUGGAAUUCAGAGAAUAGGUUCUUGUUUUUAUGACACAUUAUUUGAUGAGAAGGCUUUCUAUCUUGUUGACUCAAUAGUUCCCAUGAAUAAUGUUAUUGCAUAUACACUUUUAUUCUCAUCACCAAGGCAGGAAAGAUGGAAUGAAUUCAUUAAACAAGAAGAUGUCACUCUUUAUUAUUCACCAAUUUGGACACCAGAUGAAAUCUGGAUACUAUGGAGAGAACAAUGGAAAGAGAAAAUGACAGCUGAUCGUGUUCAGGAAUUGAUGGACCGGUGGGGUCCAAUACCACGAACAAUUUUUGAUAAAAGAGAUAAUGAACCAAACUUUGAGGAGUUGACUUCUAGAUGUAACAUAAAAUCCCUUGUGGAAAAUUUGACAUUUAAAAAUAUGCGCUUGCAAUAUGAUGAUUUUAAUGGUAGAAUAAUUCAUAUCCAUCCAUUAAAAACAAAUUUUAAAGAAAAAAUUUUGAAGUUUGCUUCUGACAAAAUAGCUAAAGAGCUAUAUCACAAACAUGCAUUUAACAGCAGGAUAGAAAUUAUUCAUCUAAUUGAAGCUGGUGCCUUUUUUUCAGAUGCUAGUUUAAUACGUGGCAAGUGGUUUGAAGAAUUGGCCCAUGAACAAUUACAAAAAGGUGGUCAGUUUUUUGUGCGAUGCUUAGAGGAUGAAUCAAAGUCCUUAAAGACAAUGCUUUUGACAUUAAGUGUUGAUGAAUUAAAGGCAGAAUUAAAUGGUCUUAAAUUGUCAAAGAAUGGUAAAAAAGAAGAUUUGGUGAAUCGAUUGAUAGAUUAUUAUCAGAAAAAUGAUGGGAAAGAUGAUGAUAGAUUGAAAAAUCAGAUUGAGCUAAAAUACUUAAAAGAGAAUGUAUUCAGAAAUUUGGAAGAGAUAAAAUCAGAAUUUUACAAUAGACCACAUAAAAAGAAUCAGGAAUUGGUGGAUUCUCUGGUGCCUCAUGAACAUGAACCUGAUCAUAUAUAUCAGAUAACAGUGGGAAAGAACCAACCAAUUAAGGUUAAUGGUCUUAAAGAGUUACAUGAAUAUCUACAUACAGAUCGUAAGAUUUAUUUGUAUUUUGUUGUUCCAAAAGAUAAAUUUGAAGACUUUUCUUAUCAAAAAUAUGUGACAACCACUGGAAGAGAGUUUAAUGGGUGGAAUAAAUCAAAUGAUUGGAUUUUGAAAAAAGUUGUUCAAUAUGUUCUCAGAAUGGGUUUAAAAGUUGAAGUUUCAAAACGUAAAAUUGAGGAGGAAGAUAACAUAGUAGGAGAUGAUAAUAAACAUUUUAAAAAAACAUGA